AUGGUUGACGCUAGUAUGUAAAUAUAUACAUCUAAUUAAUGAAAUGGAAAAGACUAUUAUCACUACAGGUUGUUGAAUUAAUUUAAACAAAGAGAGGGGAAUGAAUGAAGCACAAGUUAUGGAUAAUUAUUGAAUAUUUAAUUGUUGCAAAUUUUGAUCAAGUGAAAAUUUUGAAUAAUUAUACAUCAAAAGCAAGAUUGGAUCAGAUACUACUGCAAAAUAGUCACAAUCAUUGAAUUAGUGAUGAAAUAAAACAAUCAAAUCAGAAUACUAACUUGAUUUUAGCUGAACAAAAAAAGAAAAGAACCUUCAAACAAUUCUCAUACAAAGGUGUUGACUUAAAAGAUUUAGUUGAAAUGUCAACUGAAGACUUCACUAAAUUAUGUGGAGCUAGAGUCAGAAGAAGAUUCUCAAGAGGUUUAGACUCAAAACCAAUGGGUUUAAUCAAAAAAUUAAGAGCUGCAAGAGCUGCUGCUGAACCAAAUGAAAGACCAGCUACCGUCAAAACUCAUUUAAGAAACAUGAUUGUUGUUCCAGAAAUGAUUGGUUCAGUUGUUGGUGUUUACAAUGGUAAAGUUUUCAACACAGUUGAAAUUAAACCAGAAAUGGUUGGUCACUACUUAGGUGAAUUCUCAAUUACUUAUACUCCAGUUAGACACGGUAGAGCUGGUAAUGCUUCAUCAAGAUUUAUGCCAUUAAGAUAA